CCACAACCGUGCGACUACGCGACUACACUACAGCGCAUCAGCAGUUCGCGCUUGCCUGUGGGGCUCACGAGUCGGAGGAGACGCUAAGGCUCUGGACUUUGCACGCGUGGGGUUUUCGCAAAGUCGCCGUAAAAGAUCAUGACGCGCUUGUCCGUGAGCGCGGCGGUGGGCGCUGCCCUCGUCGCCACCUCUUCCGCCUUCACGCUGAACGCGGUCCCUUCUUCCUCAGCAGCGAUGUCGACAUCGUCGGGCCGGGGCCACAGGAGGAGCCGCGCGUGCUCGGCGUCGCGGCAGCAGCCGAGCAUGGUCACUUCGGUGCCAAGAACAGUGCCCGAGACGGGCACUAAGGCGGGCGCGGCGUCGAAGCAGAGACUGCACGUUCAGUUGGGAGACGCUUUCUAUGACCUGACGGGCUGGCGGAAGUUGCACCCGGCCGGGAACCACUGGAUCGACCGCUACGCGGAACGUGACGCGACGGACGUGAUGGCGGCUUUCCAUUCAGACGAUGCGUUCGACAGGCUCAAGACUCUGCCCAAGGUCAAGGGCAAGGAGAUCGUCGAGCCCAAUUCCGUCACCAAGAACUUCAGGGCUUUCCGGAAGGAGCUGGUGGAGGCGGGGUGGUUUAAGCGCAUCUGGUACAAGGACGCGUCUAUCGUUGCGUUGCAGGUCGGAACCUUCGCGGCGGGCAUCGUCUUGUCGCGCACGAACCCGUGGCUUGGGGUCGUCGUGAUGGGCCUGGCCCACACCACCGGGGGUUGGCUGGCGCACGACAUGGUGCACGGCCGGGGGAAGUUCUGCAGCGCGAUGCGGCACUACGGGGCGGUUACAUGCGGCCUGAGCUCUAAGUGGUGGUCAGAGAAGCACAACCUCCACCACGCCUUCACCAACGUUGUUGGUGUCGACGAAGACAUCAUGCCCCCGUUUUGGCUGUGGGCCCCAAAACACCGGCGCGACCGACCGUGGAGAAAGUUCCAGCACCUCUACUGGCCUUUGCCGUUCUCCCUGACCUUCCUGCUCUGGCGCAUUGACUCCGUCAGGACCGCCAUCGCCAAGAAGCUCAAGCUUGAGGGGGGUCUCCUAGCGCUGCACUACUGCUUGCUCGCGGCCCUGGUGCCCCUUCCCGUGGCGAUCGGGCACAUCUUCCUCGGGGGGUGGCUUACGGCUACCCUCGUGACGGUGACACACACGGCGGAGGAGUACGCCGCCGAGGACGACUCGUCCUACGUGGAGACGCAGUUCAGGACCACUAGGGACGCCAUCACCGAUGGACCCGUCGCGGAAUACGUGUGGGGCGGCAUGCAGUACCAGCUGGAGCACCACCUGUUUCCUACCAUCCCCCGGUACAAAUACCGCCAACUCGUGCCCCUGGUGAGGAAGUUCGCCGAGGAGAACGGUAUCGAGUACAGGGCCACCCCCCAGUGGGAGAUCAUCAAGGACAACUUGGCUCUGUUGAAGCGCGUUGGAUCGUCGCCCGUCAUGCCCGGGUCGCCAGCCCCCGGGGCAGCCGACAUCGACAAGAAGUAA